CCACCUCUCUUCAUAAGCACACACUUACACUUUCUCUCUCUACAAACAUUCCGGUGACUCACUCUGUCUCCGAGAUAUACGCCGGAUAUCAGAAGUCGGAAAUGGGAAGUUUGAAAGAAGAAAGGAAGACGGUAGGAUGGGCUGCCACUGAUCCUUCCGGUGUUCUUUCUCCCUACACCUUCCCUCUCCGAAAUACAGGAGCAGAAGAUGUGUUCAUAAAGGUGAUAUGCUGCGGAGUUUGCCAUACUGAUCUUCAUCAGAUCAAAAAUGAUCUCGGAAUGUCCAAUUACCCUAUGGUUCCAGGACAUGAAGUGGUGGGUGAGGUGGUGGAGGUGGGACCGGAGGUGACCAAAUUCAAGGUAGGUGAUUGCGUCGGAGUUGGAUGUCUCGUCGGUUGCUGUGACAGCUGCCUCCCUUGCAAGGCCGAGGUGGAGCAAUACUGCAACAAAAAGAUAUGGUCCUAUAACGACGUCUACACCGACGGCAAGCCCACUCAAGGUGGCUUCGCCAGCUCCAUGGUCGUCCACCAAAAGUUUGUGGUUAAGAUACCGGAGGGAAUGUCGCCGGAGCAGGUGGCGCCACUACUAUGCGCCGGAGUGACGGUGUACAGCCCAUUGAACCACUUUGGAUUAAAAGAGAGUGGGCUAAAAGGAGGGAUACUUGGGCUUGGUGGAGUUGGACACAUGGGUGUUUUGAUAGCUAAAGCCAUGGGACAUCACGUGACUGUUAUCUCCUCUUCCGACAAGAAGAAAGAGGAGGCCAUGGAUGUUCUUGGAGCUGACGAUUAUCUCGUCAGCUCUGAUGUCAACCGUAUGCAAGAAUUAGCCGAUUCCUUUGACUACAUUAUAGACACCGUCCCUGCGCACCACCCUCUUGAACCUAGCAUCUCGUUGCUCAAACUCGAUGGAAAAUUGAUCAUAUUGGGCGUCAUCAAUGUUCCGUUGCAAUUUGUCUCCCCUCUCCUCAUGCUCGGGAGAAAAAUGAUCACGGGAACAUUCAUCGGUAGCAUGAAGGAGACUCAAGAGAUGCUCGAAUUUUGCAAGGAGAAAGGGGUGAGAUCCACGAUCGAAGUGGUGAAGAUGGACUACGUCAACACCGCGAUGGAGAGGUUGGCUAAGAAUGACGUCAGAUACCGGUUUGUUGUGGACGUUGCUGGCAGCAAACUCGAAGAUGAAUAAACGACGGAUCAACAAAAAAAAACACAAAUUCACGAAACUUACACUAUUAGUCUUAUAUUUUGUUGACAAUUGAAUGUGACGGAUGGUUAUAUUUUAUAUUGUGUUGAUGUAACUUUAAAAAUAUGGAUCAAAAUUUUAAUGAUUGUUGAUAUUACAAA